UUAGUAACAAGCUGUGAAGAGAUGUUGUUGAGCUGUCGUCUUUUCAGAGGUGUGGAAAUGGCUGUAUCACCUCCAGUCCAGGGUCCCUUUUCCUUUGAGGAGGUGUCCGUCUCUUUCACGGAGGCAGAGUGGGCCCUGCUGGAUCCGGGACAAAGAGCUCUGUACUGGGAAGUCAUGCUGGAGAACUAUGGGAAUGUGGCCUUUCUGGCAGAGGAUGAUCAGAGGAAUGAGAAGGCUGAGGUACUUCAGCCGCAAUUGCAAGAUAAAGUUAAUAAUGAAGACUUGAAAGGAAACAUCAGGAAUCAAGGCAGACCUAAAAGAAAGAAAGAUAACUGUUUGGUUGAGAAGAGAGAUGGAAGAAAGUGUAAUGCACAUUUUCCAAACAACAAUAUAACAGAAACAAGUAAAUCUAUUCAGUGUGGCAAGUACUUGCAAUACAGGUCACAAAUUCUUGUGAAUCAAGGAAUAAAAAGAGGAGAGAAAUCUUUUGAAUGCUCUGAGUGUGGAAAGAAAUUCAGUCACAAUAGCAAUCUUCAACAGCACAAAAUUACUCACACAGGGGAGAAGCCCUUUGAAUGUUCAGAGUGUGGGAAGAGAUUCACUCAGAACGGCAGUCUUCAGCUGCAUCAAAGAACCCACACAGGGGAGAAACCUUUUGAAUGUUCAGAAUGUGGGAAGAGAUUCAGUGAGAGAGGGAGUCUUCAACGGCAUCAAAGAACCCACACAGGGGAGAAACCUUUUGAAUGCUCAGAGUGUGGAAAGAGAUUCAGUCAUAGUCACAAUCUUCGAUAUCAUCAAAGAACCCACAUAGGGGAGAAACCUUUUGAAUGUUCAGAGUGUGGGAAAAGAUUCAGUCGUAGUAGCAGCUUUAUAUAUCAUCAACGAACCCACACAGAGGAGAAACCUUUUGAAUGCUCAGAGUGUGGAAAGAGAUUCUAUCAGAGUACCCAUCUUCUGUAUCAUCAGAUAACCCACUCAGGGGAGAAACCUUUUGAGUGUUCAGAGUGCGGAAAGCAAUUCAGUCGGAGUGGCCAUCUUCAGCUGCAUAAAAGAACUCACACAGGUGAGAAACCUUUUGAAUGUUCAGAGUGUGGAAAGAGAUACAGUGUGAUCAGCAGUCUUCACCAGCACCUAAGAACCCACACAGGAGAGAAAUCUUUUGAAUGUUCGGAGUGUGGGAAGAGAUACAGUGCGAUCAGCAGUCUUCACCGGCACCAAAGAACCCAUACAGGAGAGAAACUUUUUGAACGCUCAGAGAUUCAAUGACCAUAGCAGAGAUUCAGUGGCACCAAAGAAACCCACACAGGGGAGAAACCGUUUGAAUGCUCAUAGUGUGGAAAGAGAUUUAGUGACAGCAACUAUAUAAAAGAACUCCCACACAGGAGAAACCUUUUGAAUGUUCAGAGUGCAGAGAGAUUCACUCAGACUGGCAAUCUUUUGAGUAUAAAAGAACCCACACAGGGGAGAAACCAUUUGAAUGCUGCCUUAGAGUGUAGAAAGAUUCAGUAGGAGUGGGUCCUGUGGCAUGAUUUCUUUGAGUUUAUGAUCUUAGCUCUUAUGAACUUGGCCACCAGAGUUCUGAGUUAUUCACCACUAUUCAUAAGAGCCAUAUUGCUUUCAUUCGUAUUGCUCUCAGCAUAAGUUGAGAAUCUAGGUUAGUGUGCAAAAGUUCAUAAGCUGUCUCAGGAAAGGAAUUGCCUUGUUUGGUGUAAUUCUUAUAUGGUAUGGCAGGAAGCAAGGUGUGGAAGGCUGGUAGGAGCAGGCUAAAGGUAACUGUUGUCUGAGGACAAUCUCAGUCAUAAAUGUUUUGAUUUGGCAGUAGAAUUGUUGAUAUUAAGAUACAGCUGGAGAUUUUGAAAUGCGUAGCGUCGGAUGCUAUCUGAUAAGACAGACAUGGCGAGAUGGGUCCCAGCCUUUAAAAGCCCUGGACUUUGGGCAGAAAGCUGCUGGUCUGCACCGAAGACUGCCUCUGUGCUGAACAUGCCAAGCGAAUUGGCACUUAGACUCUGGGCCGGCCUGCAGGAGAGACAGUAUCUCUCCUGGUCAGCCCAAGAGAUUGACAGCCUUUGCUGAUUUCAAGUCUUCUCCCAUUUGAGAUCUCAAACAUAGCCUAAAUGCUCAAAUGUUGAAUAUAGAGCGUAGCUCUACUAGAGACUUGGGACUUAGAUUUUAAAUGGGAAAAUGUAGACGAAUAGGGCGAAGUCCCUGUUGGGACUUCUAUUUUUCAUUAUGCUCUCUGCUUUAUUGUAGAACUGUGCUUUAUGCUUGACUGAAUUCUAACUGUGUAACUGUUUUUUUUUUGAAAUGUACUAAUGGUAUCUAAACUGUUUUGCUUUUCUGUCCAUAUAUUUUAAGCCUUCUGUCUAAAGGAGAAUCUUGGAGUGUAAUAAAGCCGGAAACGACUGGUGCUUGCA